AUGUGGCCGGGAUUGAAUAAUGAUAAUGAAAAAUCACGGACGUGGUGUGCGGUGAUUGAUCACGAGGUGUUUGGUGUGGAAGGCGCAAGUGUAUCGAGGUUGACCGGAAGGACGUCUUGGUGGGCGGGCCGUGAAAAAAUUAGUGACGAGCUUGAGACGCUGGAACACGGGGAUGAAGCUCGGCGGCGGAAUCUUUCCGUUCGUUGUGGAGUGGGAUAG